AUGACCACCACGACGGCAACUCCCAGCCCGGAGUACGCCCUUAUACGCAAAGAAACGCACGCCAACGCCGAGACGUCGGCUACCUUCCCCCUCUUCAAGUCCCUCCCCCCGGAGCUCCGCAACAUGGUCUACGCCUCCCUCUUCUCAGACCAUCCCACCAUCAAGCCCUCCCAACGCCACGACACCCCAAUUCCCAUCCCAAUCCUCCUAGCCGACAAACAACUCCACGACGAAGCCCACACCGUCCUUGCCUCGACCGCCGUCGUCGCCAUCACGAUAUCCUUCUUUAAGAGCUGGCCGCCUACCGCGACCGAGCGCAACGCGCUCCUCCGCUUCCAGCGCGUCCGGUUCGACAAUGCGGGCUUCGGCCCGCGCGACCUCGCCAAGUAUCGUCUGCAAGCGUCCAGCACGAGCUACCAGCUCGCGCAGAUGCUCCAGGCACUGAACGCCCGGCUGGUAACAUUCGUCUCCGGAUCAGCGGGGUUGGCGAGAGAUGUGAAGCGGUACGCGGAGGUUGAUGUGCGGAAUUUGUUCUGGGUGCUGGAGCUUGGGAUUGCGUAUAGUGAGGGGAUGGAGGGGAGGAUUGUGGAGAGGGAGAGGGGGAGUAUGGAGAGGGGGAUUGGGAAGUUGCGAGAGCGUGUGGUGGAGGAGUGGGUUGGCUGUUUGUGGACGAUGAGGGGGGAUGAGCAUACGGAGUGGACUGUUGUGAAAGAUGCGGGGAUGGAUGCGAGGAAGUGGUAG